AGCAUUUCUCUUACAUAACUUAUGUUCUAUAGGAGAUGCUGCAAUUGGUGAUGGGGUCAAUAGACACCUCCUGAGUAUGACUAUUGAGAAGUUGAGGACUGGUUUUUCUCUCAAUUUUGGUGUAGCAGAUAUAACACUCCUGUUUGAGGGUGAACAGGAUCACCUUGUUCCAUGCUGCAGUCAAACUCUGCUCGAUAGCGACUUAUUUGUUGUUGCUGGUCGCAUGAUUGGCCACUCAUUUCUUCACGGUGGCCCUCUGCUUCCUGGGAUUAGCCCUGCCAUAAUCCAUGUGUUGGUGGGUGGUGCCAUUGAGACUGCAGAGAUUCAUCUGAAGGACUGUCCUGAUUUGGAUCAGAGGCAUACUAUCCAAUUGCUGGAAGGUAAUCGUCCCAUUUCUGAGGAGGAAAGGGAGGAAAUCACGAGACUUUCUGUUAUGUGGGAUCUUCCUGGGUUUUCUGAAGACCACCGGAAAUGGCUCUUUAACAGGAUGCUGCAACAUGCUGUGAGUGUUUUGUAUAGGACUAAAUGUCAAGUAAAGCAGCUGAGGUGUGGAAUCAAAGAGACAAAGAUUUGGCCAUUUAUCACUGAAAGAGAAGAUGCUGUUAAAGUGCUCUUCCCAAGGGCAAGUGAUGCUGAGUAUGGCCCAGAGGUAAUUCUUCAGCACAUUGUUUGGCCUGUUGCUGAAUCAGAUGACGACGAUGACGACGACAGAUUGCGCCCUGAAGUUGUCACUCGCCAAAUACAGUUUCUACGUGAAUACAUUCAGAAAGCUACCACAGACCAGCUGCAAAAGCUCUUGACAUUUUGGACUGGAUGGGAGGUGCCAUCCAAGAGCCUGCAGGUUAAAAUUUGGAGGGGGAGGUUUUUCAAGGCUUCCACCUGCAGCAGGACCCUAAUGCUUCCUGCUGACAUACUUACAAUGGGUGAUUUCACUUCUACUUUGCAUGCUUGUGCAAACACAGCAUCGACUGGAUUUGGACUUGUUUAAGUCCAGACACUUUCAGAAUAUGUCGUUUGUAUUCAUUAAUUCCCAUAUCUACAGUUCUUGUAUACAACUGUUGCUUCCUUGCAGAUAUGAGAUUUAUCAACCAACUUGUUUAAUUUAGGUUUUUGCUGUCUAUACAAGCAAUUUAAAAUCCUGUGGAAACACAGCAUAUACACAGGCACUUUCAGAAUAUGUGGUUUGUAUUCAUUAAUUCACAUAUCUACAGUUCUUGUAUACAACUGUUGCUUCCUUGUAGAUAUGGGAUUUAUGAAUCAACUUGUUUAAUUUAGGUUUUUGCUGUCUACACAGUUUGCAAUUUAAAAUCCUGUACAAAUACAGCAUAUACUGGA